AUGGACGCGCCGGGAGUGAAGAAAGGACUCUACUGGCGGUACAAAGUCGUGUUUUGUUUGGCAUUUUUGUGGGACUUUGUUAACGGACAAAUAAGGUAUUCCAUCCCAGAGGAGCUUGAACACGGGGCUUUUGUGGGAAACAUUGCAGAGGACUUGGGCUUGGAUCUUAAUAGACUGUCAGCGCGGAGAUUUCGAAUAGUUUCGGGCUCAAAGAAACAAUACGUGGAGGUUAAUUUGGAGAAUGGAGUUUUAUUUGUGAACGAAAGGAUUGACCGUGAGGAACUAUGCGAGCAGAGUUUGUCGUGCUCUUUUCACCUGCAAGUGGUUAUAGAAAACCCUCUGGAGCUUUACCGGGUGGAGGUGGAAAUCUUAGACGUGAAUGACAACUCUCCCAGCUUCCCUUGGACCGAGUUUAACCUGGACAUUUCUGAAUCUGCAACGCCCGGGUCGCGCUUCCCACUCGAGAGCGCGCAGGACUUGGACGUGGGUUCCAACUCUCUUCGCACGUAUUUGCUCAGCGUUAACGAGCACUUUCUAUUGGACAUCCAGACACGGAGUGACGGGAGUAAAUUUGCCGAGCUUGUUCUUCAAACUCCCCUGGACAGAGAGCAACAGAGCACACAUCAAAUGGUUCUGACCGCAGUAGACGGAGGGGCACCGGAGAAGUCUGGCACUGCGCAAAUUGACAUCACAGUCCUGGAUGCGAAUGAUAACGCACCUGUGUUUGACCAGUCGUUUUAUAGGGUAAGGCUGCCUGAAAAUGCACCCAAGGGAACAGUUGUCAUUAAACUUAACGCUUCCGACCUAGACGAAGGCCCCAAUGCUGAUAUAACUUACUCCUUCAGCGGCCACGCUCCAAUCAAAGUGCGUCAGCUUUUCAGUGUGGACCCCCAUACAGGUGAAAUUAAAGUCAAAGGCGUUAUUGACUAUGAAAAAGCUCGAAUGCAUGAGAUCUAUGUCCAAGCAAAAGAUAAAGGGCCAUCUCCUGUAGCGGUACACUGUAAAGUUCUUGUGAAUGUUUUGGACAAAAAUGACAAUGUCCCUGAAGUCAUUUUAACUUCUGUGUCCACACCUGUCUUAGAAGACGCGCCCCCCGGGACUGUCAUUGCAGUUAUAAGCAUCACAGAUAAGGAUUCUGGCGAAAAUGGGAAUGUUGACUGUGAAAUUCCCAAUCUGAUUCCAUUCCAAUUGCACUCCUCAUUUAAGAACUAUUACACCUUAGUUACUUCAGAUUUUUUGGAUAGAGAGACUGUAUCUGAGUAUAACAUCACUCUUACGGCUAGAGAUAUGGGUUCUCCACCAUUGUUUAUGCGCAAAACUAUACUUGUUCAAGUUUCUGAUGUUAAUGACAAUGCUCCUCUAUUCAAGCAGCCAGGCUAUACUGUUUACCUAACUGAAAAUAAUGCACCAGGGGCUUCUAUUUGCUCGGUAACUGCCCUAGACCCAGAUUCAGGCCAAAAUUCUUACCUAUCCUAUUCGAUCCUAGAUGGUGACAUACAAGGAAUGCCAAUUUCCACUUAUGUGUCCAUCAAUUCUGACAAUGGAAAUCUCUAUGCAUUGAGAUCUUUUGACCAUGAACAGCUCAAGAACUUCCAGAUUACAGUCCAGGCCCAAGAUGCAGGUUUCCCACCCCUAAACAGCAACGUCACUGUGACUAUUUUCAUCUUGGAUCAAAAUGACAAUGCACCAGUAAUAAUAUCGCCGAAAUCUCAAAAUGGUUCCACCCCUGUUGAAGUGGUACCCAAAACUGUUGAUCCUGGUUAUCUCAUAAGCAAAGUCAAUGCAAUGGAUGCCGAUUCAGGUCAAAACUCCAGGCUGUUCUACCAAAUGCUCCAAGCAACUGAUUCAACAUUGUUUAGUAUUGCUCUCUACACAGGCGAAAUUAGAACAAUCCGACAGAUUAGUGACAAAGACCCCACUAGGCAUAGGUUGGUCGUUCUGGUCAAGGACAAUGGUCAGCCCCCGCUCUCGGCUACAGUCUCCAUCAUCUUGUCACUAGUGGACAGCCUGCCAGAAUCGCGGCCCGAUUUGGGUGACCUGUCACUGAGCCUGCAUCACAACUCCAACUUCACCCUGUACUUAAUCGUGUCCUUAGGCGCCAUUUCGUUCACAUUUCUGGUGGCUAUUAUCGUUCUGGUUACAGUGCGGAGAUACAAGGAUAGACCGACCAAUGGAACGUACACUCUGCCUUUUUUUAGUGGAUGCUGUUGCUGUUCCAGAUCCAACACACCAACAGGGAAAGAGGUGCUUAAAAAGUCUAAUCUUACUAUUCGGAUGCCCCCAAGUUCGAAUGGGCUCACAGAGGCCAAUGCCAGUGCCAUACGUCAAGCCUACUGCUACAAGAUGUGUUUGACCCCGGAGUCAUCCAAAAGUGACUUCAUGUUCCUCAAGCCGUGUAGUCCAGUCAUGUCUGUCCAACAGAAUAAUGUGAAGAGCACAGAUUAUCUGACAUCAGGGUGGAGCACACUCGACAGGAAUGAAGUCGUCAACAACACUUCACCAUCUCCAAAUGAGCUAAAAUCUUCAAACAAAGAUUGGACAUGGACAAAAAACGAACGCAACUCUGCUUACAAAAGAUAUAGUACAGCCAAUAUGGAUGCUACUCUUUCACGCCAACCGAACUAUGACGCCGACAGCUUUUCCUGCUCCGUUGCACCGCAGUAUUGGACCUGGGGCUCCCAUAUGAAAGACUGCAAGUUAUCUCUUCAAGAAGCCAGCGUCUCCAACUACUCAUGGACGCCAAAAUACGCACAGCCAAAUUCGGAAGAGCCAGACUACCAGCACAAUGUGUACAUCCCUGGCACCACAUCUGGCUAUAGCACCCUGAAACUGGCACCCAGAGGAGAGCUGGACGUGUAUAACAGCUUCUCUACUUUUGGCAAGAAAAAGAGGUUAAUCUCAAACUAUGAGCAAACAUUCGACAAAGACAAUGGACUCAUAAGCAAUGAUAUAUUUAAGUAG